AUGGACGAUCUAACGAAAUCUGUUUGGGAUGAUGAUUUACCGUCUAAUUCAAACAAACUUGACUCAGAAAAUGACAAUGAAUACCAUUCGAAUUUAGGCUCAAAUACAUUUAAUAGUUCAUUAACCCCACUAGUUAGUGAAUUCAACUCAUACGCAAUUGAUGACCCAUUCGCAAACCCAUUUGAAGAACCAAAACCUGAUGAAUAUAAUGAUAACGACAAUAACACAAUUCUACGAGAUAACUCAAAUUUUAAUGCAGAAGAUGAACAAAUUCAUGAACUAAAAAGUGAAGAACGUAAAGAACUUAAAGAUAAAUUAAUUUCAGAUUUAACAGCUGGAGUAGAAGAAGAAGAUAAUAUCUUAAGUCAAUCAACAAUAAAAUCAAAAUCUUCUAAUUUAAAACAAACUGAUGAAUUAUUUCAUGAUCAAGGAUCUCCAAUUAAAGUUACAACACAGGAUCAAGAGUCUAUUAUAUCACCUCAAAAAUCAUUAAAUGUGAAGAAAUUUAGAGCAGUACGACCAAGAAGAUUUAAUUCAAAGACUAAUGUACAACAUUUGAGAGAAGAAGAAAAUGAUAAAACAGAAGAUUUAUUAGGACCAUUGAGUAUUGUUCAUAAAAAACAACCAGAAAAUUCAGUAGAUCUGGAAGAGAAAAAUGAUGAUAAACCUUUUCAAAAUGAUAAAGAAGAGCAAGAAUCAAAAACCAAAGAUCCAAUCAAAUCAACACCAAAGAAAUCAAUAGACAAUAAUGACUUAGAAAUAACGGUUGGAGAUCCAAUGAAAGUUGGUGAUAUUACUACUGCUCAUGUAGUCUAUACAAUCAGAACUAAAAAUAAAAAUAUGGAAUCUCCACAUUUCCCUAAAAUUGAAUCAGUUGAAGUUACUAGAAGAUAUAGAGAUUUUAGAUGGCUUUAUCAUCAAUUACAAGCAAAUCAUCCAGGUAGAAUCAUACCACCUCCACCUUCAAAACAAAGCAUAUUGGGAAGAUUUAGUGAGAAAUUAAUAGAACAUAGAAAAGUUUCAUUAGAAAAAAUGUUAAAUAAUAUAAAUAAUCGACCAGAACUAUGUAAUGAUUCAGAUUUUGUUUCAUUUUUAACAAAUGAUAAUGAAGGUGUAUUUAGUGAUAGCGGUUUAGAAGAUUCUUCAAUUCAAGAAAACCAAAGCCAAACACAAAAUGUUGCAUCUUCAGCUGCAAGUGUAGCAUCUAGUGCUGCUCAAGCUUCAACUGGAUUUAUGAGCUCAUUAUUCUCAAUCUCAAACAAAUACACAGAACCUGAUAAAUAUUUUGAGGAAAAGAAAAAUUACAUUGAUGAUUUGGAAUUUAAUUUAAAGCAAUUUUCAAAAACUAUAGAAUUAAUAGGUAAUCAAAGACUGGAUAUGGUUACAAUUUUGGAAGAAAUGGCAACAACUAUUGAACAAUUAUCCACUUUUGAGAUUAGUAAAACCACAAGUGAUCUAUUAAACGCAUUCGGUCAAGUUGAAUUCAAAGUUAAAGAUAAUCUAGAUAGAUUAAACUUAUCUGACCAACUCACUAUAGGUUACACAAUCGAAGAAUACCUAAGAAUAAUCGAAUCAAUUAAUUAUAUAUUUCAGACAAGAAUUAAAAUUUAUCAACUGUUAUCAUCAAUAACAAAUCAAAUUGAAAAAUUAUCUAAAAAACAACCAUUACUGUCUGAAAGAUCAUUUGAAAUUGGGAAAUUAAAAGAAAGACAAACUACAUUACAAAAAGAAUUUGAUGAUAUAAGUUUUACAAUUAAAAUUGAAUUACAAAAUUUUGAAUUAUCAAGAAUUGAUGAUUUUAGAAAUAAUGUUGAAAUUUAUGUUGAAAGUUCAAUUGAAGCUCAAAAGGAAUCUAUUGAAUUAUAUGAAACUUUUUAUCAAAAACAUAUUGUAUAG